CCGCGGCCGCCGCCGCCUCCGGGACCCGCGCGCGGCCUCCGCCGCCCCCGCGACGUCACCGCGGCGGCCGUGACGUCACCGAGGCCGCGAGCGCGCCCGCCAUGACGUCACCGCCGCGGGCGCUGACGUCACGCGGCCCCCCCGAGCCCGGCGGGGCCGAGGCCCGUGCGCGGUUCCGAACCGCGCGGUUCAUCAUGGAGGCGGGUGUGAAGCUGGGGCUGGGCUCGGCCGCCCUGGCCACCGCCUGCUCCUCGUUCCACGCUCUGGCGGCGGUGGCUCCGGCUCUGGCCCAGGAGCGGUUCCUGGUGGCCGCGGCCGCGCUCUUCGUGGCCGCCAAGGCCCAGGGAACCCCCCGGAGAGCGCGGGACGUGCUCAACGUCACCCUCAGGUGUCUCCACCCCGGCUCGCCCCCCCCGGCGCUGGACGGGAAUUUUUGGGGGCUGCGGGACAGUCUGGUGCAGUGUGAGCUGCUGCUGCUGCGGGCGCUGCGCUUCCGCCUGCCCCUGGCGCACCCCCACAAGUACCUGCUGCAGUACCUGCUGGCGCUGGGCCGCUGGGCCGGGGGUCCCUGGGGGAGGGUCCCGGGGGUCUCGUGGGCGCUGCUGCGGGACGGGGCCGCGGGGGGGCUCGGCCUGCGCCACCCCCCCCCCACCUGGCGGCGGCCGCGCUGCACCUGGGGCUGGAGCUGUGCGGGCGGGGGGCGCCCCCCGGGACCCCCCCCCCGCUGGUGGCAGGUGCUGAGCCCGGGGUUAACCCCUGCGGCGCUGGAAGGAAUCGAGCGGGAGCUUUUGGGGCUCUACAGCCUCGACACCCAAGUGGGGGGAGGGGCCGCGACCCCCGCCCCUCCCCCACCCCCCCCGCUGCCCGCGCCCCCCCCCCCCCCCCCCCGCCGCCCCCCGGCCCGACAGACGGAGCCCCCCCCCCACAAAAGGACGGACAGACGGAGCCCCCCCUGCCCCCCCCACGGACACAGGGACCCCCCCCCAAAUCCUGACAGAGCCCGAGACCCCCCCCCAAAAUUAAAUAACCCCCCCCAGGUCCUGACAGAGCCCGAGACCCCCCCAAAAAUAAAAUAA